CCUGAAGACCUCUCAUUAGAAGAGAGAGAAGAACUUAUAGACAUUCGGCGAAGAAAAAAGGAACUUAUUGAUGACAUUGAGAGGCUGAAGUAUGAAAUUGCAGAAGUGAUGACAGAGAUCGACAAUCUAACUUCUGUAGAGGAGAGCAAAACUACUCAGAGGAACAAGCAAAUAGCUAUGGGAAGAAAGAAAUUCAACAUGGAUCCCAAAAAGGGAAUUCAGUUUCUAAUAGAAAAUGACCUGCUACAGAGUUCCCCAGAAGACGUCGCCCAGUUCCUUUAUAAAGGAGAAGGCCUAAAUAAGACUGUCAUUGGGGACUAUCUGGGGGAAAGGGAUGAAUUUAAUAUUAAAGUUCUUCAAGCUUUUGUAGAACUCCAUGAGUUUGCUGAUCUCAACCUCGUACAAGCCUUAAGGCAGUUCUUGUGGAGCUUCAGACUUCCAGGGGAGGCUCAGAAAAUUGAUCGCAUGAUGGAGGCUUUCGCUUCUCGCUACUGCUUGUGCAACCCUGGGGUCUUCCAGUCCACAGACACAUGCUAUGUGCUGUCGUUUGCAAUCAUCAUGCUCAACACCAGCCUGCACAACCACAACGUGCGUGACAAGCCCACUGCAGAGCGAUUCAUAACCAUGAACCGCGGCAUCAAUGAGGGCGGGGACCUCCCUGAGGAGUUGCUGAGGAAUUUGUAUGAAAGUAUUAAGAAUGAGCCAUUUAAAAUCCCAGAGGACGAUGGGAAUGACUUGACGCACACCUUCUUCAACCCUGACCGGGAAGGCUGGCUCCUGAAGUUGGGAGGGCGCGUGAAGACCUGGAAGCGCCGGUGGUUCAUCCUGACAGAUAACUGCCUCUAUUACUUUGAAUACACAACAGAUAAGGAGCCCAGGGGAAUCAUCCCGUUGGAAAAUCUCAGCAUCAGGGAGGUUGAAGACCCCCGGAAACCUAACUGUUUUGAGCUUUAUAAUCCAAGCCACAAAGGGCAGGUCAUCAAAGCCUGUAAGACGGAAGCAGACGGCCGCGUGGUGGAGGGGAACCAUGUGGUGUACCGGAUCUCCGCCCCCAGCCCUGAGGAGAAGGAGGAGUGGAUGAAAUCCAUCAGGGCGAGUAUCAGUAGGGAUCCCUUCUAUGACAUGCUGGCAACAAGGAAACGAAGGAUUGCCAAUAAAAAAUAGAGCAUUCCCGGCUUGAGCAGGCGAAAGUAAAGACCCACACCCCACAGCAGACAGUGACUGAGGCUUCCCCGAGAUGCCUUGAGCUGCCACUCCCUGAGAUGGUAUGGCCGGGAGGUUGUGGUCCCGUGGGUGCCUGCAGCUUCUCCAGAACGAGCACCCACGGCCCAAACUGCAUAUCCCGAAGCCUUGCGCCGUGGUCUGGGAUUGGGUCAGCUUCAGGAGCACUUCCUUCCUGUGACUGUUGGUGCCCACAGAGGGAGGUGUCCAAAUGGUGCCACCCCCACUUUCUCAGCAGCAGCACCUGGUGGUUCAGCAGAGAAACCUGUGCAGCAGAUGCGGGAUGUGUUCCAUAGGCAGGAGCCUCGUCUGAACCAUGCCAAACGUGCUCACUCGUGGCAGUGUUAACUGUUCUAGAAGCCGCUGUUUUAUAUCAAAACAGGAAAGGAAAAGCUACCGAUUUUUUAUUCAGAAUUUUUUCUCAGAUAUAUAGGAUUAUAGCUUUUAUAUGCCUUUUUAUAUCCUCAAAUUAUAACAAGAUACUUUCUAACAGUAGUAUUUUUAGAAUGGCAGCUAUAAAGUUAACUCCUGGACAUAAGUA